AUGCACAAACUAUUCCCAAGUAGCACGUUUUUCGACUUCGAGACGGUUCGAAUUCUCGGCACUACCGUCUAUGGCGGUGCGGAAACGGCCGAAGUUCUUGAGGCAGUGGGCGAAAUCAAAGCCAACGAUCCUAAAUCGUGGGAAAAGGCGUGGGCUAAACAGGCGGCACGAGCCGAGGUUUUAGCCAAAGAGGCCUGCGCGCACGGCGACAAAGAUGCCGCCAGAAGGGCAUAUCUGCGAGCUGCCAAUUACACCCGUGCCAGCGGCUACAUGUUCGUUUCUUCCCCGCCCGCCGAUGGCGACACGGCCAUGAUACAGCAUCCGUGUGCGCUGUCUGUGUCGGAGCGGAUGGGCAGUCUCUUUCGCAAGGCUAUUGAUCUUAUGGACUGCCCGGUACAAUUGCUUUCUAUCCCCUACGAGGGCCAUCAACUGCCAGGAUAUCUCUAUCUGCCGCCUGAGAGCUGCCGCAUCCCUGGCCGAAAGAUCCCCAUCUUGGUGAACUUUGGAGGAGCAGAUUCGUGCCAGGAAGAGCUCUUCUUUAUGUACCCUUCCUCUGGUUACCGACAAGGAUACGCCGUUCUCACGUUUGACGGGCCUGGCCAGGGUGUCAUGCUCCGUCGCCACGGCCUCGUUAUGCGACCAAAUUGGGAAAUUGUUUCGGAGCGAGUUAUCGAUCAUCUUGUCGACUUUUCCGCCAAGAAUCCCAAUCUUGAACUCGACGUCGAUAGCAUUGCUGUCGCUGGUGCGUCCAUGGGAGGCUACUAUGCGCUUCGUGCUGCUGCUGAUCCCAGGGUCAAAGCUUGCGUCUCCAUCGACCCGUUCUUUGACAUGUGGGACUUUGGCACCGCCCACGUCUCUCGCUUGUUCCUGUCGGCCUGGAUGAAUGGAUGGAUGAGCCGGGACGUGAUAGACAAGUUGAUGAAUACUCUGAAGACGUUCUCAUUUCAGCUCAAGUGGGAGAUCUCUGUCGCUGGAACCUUUUUUGGGCUCUCGUCGCCUUCAGACAUCCUGCUUCAUAUGAAGAAGUUUUCGCUGGCUGGUUCACAACAGAAGGAUGGUGUCGACUAUCUCACGCGCGUGGUCUGUCCUGUUCUCGUAUCUGGUAGCGGAAACUCGCUGUACUUGGAUGUGGACGAGCACACCAAGCGAUGUUAUGACGGCCUGGUCAAUGUUCCUCUCGAAAACAAGGAAAUGUGGGUGCCGGCCAGUCCGGGGCAGGGGAGUCUCCAGGCAAAGAUGGGAGCCGUGGCCUUGUGUGGCCAAAGAAGUUUGCAGUUUCUUGAUCGUGCGCUUGGUAUCGAUAGACCGCCGGUGUUCUUGUAG